AACCCAUAAAUACUCUCACUUCGUUUCUCACAAAUCACACAAAAAAUGGCAACCUAUGGUGUUGUGGUGGUUUGCUUGAUGGUAGUAUUGAGCAAUGUAUCGUUCGGCUCAGCUAAAGAUUAUACGGUUGGAGACACAGCUGGUUGGGCAUUGAGUGUCGAUUACACUAAAUGGGCUAAAGGAAAAACUUUCAAAGUAGGAGAUAGCCUUGUGUUCAAUUAUGACACUAGCCACACAGUGGAUCUAGUGAGCUCAAGUGACUACACCACUUGCACCAUCGGCAAUUCCAUUGCAUCCUACAACUCCGGAACCACCACCAUCGCCCUAAACACCACCGGAUCUCAUUACUACAUAUGCGGGAUAAUGGGACAUUGUAGUGGCGGCAUGAAGCUAAGGAUUAAGGUCACUAGUGAUGGCAGUCCCUCUCCCUCUCCAACGCCAUCAUCCAUACCAGCCGAUUCUCCCACCACCACGUCUUUGGGAACCGCCCUUCCCCCUCCUACAGUAGCCGGAACAACUAGUAAUGUUCCAGUGGAAAGUUCAUCAGCCACCAUCUCGCCGCUUGUAGCAGUUGUUUUCUGUUUGGUUGCAUUUAUGUUUGAGUUGAUUCAUGGUUGAGUUUAUCGGUCAGGAAUGAGGCAGUGCACUAUCUCUCUAGUCAUUUUUUUAUGUUAGAACAUCAUUUAUGUAUUUGGAGUGUGUAUUUUAUCAUUGUGAAUGUUUAUUGUCUUUAUAAUAUUUUUAUUUGGUCAUUGUAUUUCAUGCCAGAUUCUUGAUUUGACUAAAAAUACAAUUAGAUGUGUUUUCAA